AUGGCGGAGUUUAAAAAAGUUCGAGCUAAGACAAUCAGAAAACGUCGACAUUCGUCAAGUAGCGACGACAAUUCUGACAAAGAAGAUGACAUUGGAACGAAAUUGCAAGAUAUAAAAGAGCUACAGAAAAUGAGAGCAAGGCCUAAUGGUGUGAGUGCUGAAGUGCUGUUAGUAGGAAAGGAAGUAGCCACAAAACAGACCACUGAUGAUAAUGACCCAUUCAAAAUGAAAACUGGUGGAUUUGUAGAUAUGAAGGCUUUGAAACAUAAACCAAUAAAUGUAGUAGACAGUGAAUCCAUAGGUACAGCGUUUGCUGCUGAAACAAACCGUCGAGAUGAAGACACAGAAAUGUUGAAGUAUGUAGAAGAUGAAUUGGCCAAAAGGAAAGGUCACCACAAGGAGGAAAUCACUGAUAAAUCCAAAAAGCAAGAAAAUAAACUUUUUGCUCUACCAGAAAAUCUGAAAGUUGAAUCAAGUCGAAAAAAGACAGAAGACAUGUUGUCUAAUCAGAUGCUGUCUGGUAUACCAGAGGUGGAUCUGGGUAUAGAAGCCAAGAUCAGUAAUAUUGAGGCAACUGAAGAAGCUAAACAGAAACUACUGACUGAGAGAAUGAGGAAGAGAGAAAAGGAGAUAUCAGACUUUGUCCCUACAAAUAUGGCUGCCAACUUUGUCCAACAUAACAGAUUUAAAGUAGAAGAUACAAAGCCACUUCUCAAGAAAGAAGAAGCACCCCGCCCUGAGCCUGUCAGAGUUGGAGACGUAGAGAGACUUCAGACCCCAGCAGGUGCUGAUGGAAAGUCAAAAACAGAUGAAAAAGCCACAGAUGAUUUUUACUUUGAAAAAUUCAAGAAACAGAUGAGAAGAUACUGACAUUGAUCAAAUAUAAUCUUUCAGGUUAAUGUAAGAUGAUGUUUGUAUUAUGAAAAUCUGUCACUGGGUCUGCCUCAGAUUCUGUAAAAAUCUGUCACUGGGUCUGCCUCAGAUUCUGUCUAUAAACAAGGUUAUUAGUACAAGAAUAACAAAUUCAGUAACUGAUUACACUGUACAAUGGCCAUUGUGACCUUCAGAUUCACAAAUAAUGACCUUAGUGACCACAGACAGGAUACUGGUGCUGUGUCAGUACUGGACAUCCUGCAAGCCCCAAUAAGUAUGUUGGUUAUUGAUUCUGACUAGCAACAGUUGAUACUGAGAUGGAAUCAAUGUUGAUAUCAGUGAUAAAGAUUUGUUGGUUCAUUUGUUUGCUGUGUUAAUUGCCUUGUGAACAGCUAGGGUCAUGUGGAGGCUGGUAGUAACUGGUUGCUAGCUGACUUAACAACAUACAGGAGGCCAGUCGCUUGCCAUCCAGAGCAAAAACAAUAAGUUUUCUUGCUCAAGAACACAUGUCAUCACAGACAAUGAAAAAAAUAAAUAAAGAAAAACAAACUGGAUAAUUUUUUUGUAAGAAUUUUUUAAAUAUUUAAUACAAGUCUAACUUAAUGUUGAUAAUGGUGGGCUAUAGCAUAUGCUGUACAUACUAUUCUGGUGGAGAAGGUAGGGUAUACAUUUCUACAAUAUUGCGAUACUGAUAUCCAUUUACAACCCUCUAUCCACACAGUUUACUGUCUACGUGAAUAGUGACUACGCAGAGCGAUUAUUUUAAGGUCAACAUCCCUCUGUAUCUAUAUAUAGUUAGGAAUAUGUGCUAUCACACAGUGUGAUCACGUGAUUCAGAUUGUAAGUGAAACAAGAAUAGAGCAGUUUUGAACUACCACAAGACUAGAAAAAGAUUGUUUUCAUUGAAAAGCAUGAGUUUAAACUACCCACCUAUUCAAACUCACGGAAGGUUUACUGUUAACAUACUAUAUAUAUACAUGAAUACAAAUCUAUACUAAUAAUAUUAAGGACUAUAACAAAUGUAAUUACUUAUAAAUGUUUGUAUACCUCUCUGGUCAUACAAAAAACAAAAUAGGCAACCAUAUCAGAGAUAAACACUAUUCCUCUUUCUCUACACUUAGCUGGGUAACAUUACUUCAUAUAAGCUGGGUAACAUUACUUCAUAUAAGCUGGGUAACAUUAUUUCAUAUAAGCUGGGUAACAUUACUUCAUAUUGCCUUUUUACUGAGGAAUAUUUGGUAGAUUUAGUCAGUGUCAAUCUUCCUUUUUUCUCUGUAUUUGAAAGUUUCAUGCUAGAGAAGUGUGGGAGCCCUUCAGAAUAAGUAUCUUGUGGUUAUUUACAAAAGAUGGAAGGUAGACACAGCUUCAUGAUGCAACUUAAUGUGAAUGAAUGAAUUAAUUAAUGAAAGAAUGGUCACUUUAAGAUUAGAAAUGAGUAAACUAUAUGUACAAUGCAAAGAGAAAUGAAUGAAUGAAAGAAUGGUGGAGAAAGAGUUGAACAUUUGAUGAAAUGGACCACUGAUUGAAUAUGGGCAUCAAGCUACAGUGGAUUAUUCAUAAUGAAUAAAUACAUUUGAGAUAUU